AUGAACCCCAGCCAAGCGGGUUUUCGGAAGGCGAUGACGAUGGGGACUCAGAGGGGGACAAAGGCAACAACAAUGGGGAAGGGCCUCCAGCCAGAAAGGGAGGAGGACGCGGAGGCAGAGGCGGAGGCAGUGGCGGCGGUGGUCCUGCAAGAGGAGGAGGCAAACCAGGAGGAGGACAAGGAGGCAGAGGCGGCAGAGGUGGUGCAACAGGAAGACGCAAACAGGGAAGAGGUAGGACAGUCAGCGGAAACUCUGGAGACGUUGAUCACAGUCCUGUCCAAGGAACCGAAUCGCCUGCGAGCCAGAGGAGCGCAGCCGGGGCGCAGGGAAGCAGUCCUGCAGAGGAGGGUGCGGAGUCGGCACUGGGGCCUGCUGAAGACAUGUGCGGGAGCAGUGCUCACGCCAUCUCGGAAUUGGCUGUGGAACGCUGUCGGGCAGCAUGUCAUGCAACUCUCUGCAAGGAGAGCAAGCGCCGCUGCCAAGGAAGUGAACUCAGAGGGUUUGGAGGAGCGCACGCUCGAGGAGUCUCAGAGACUGAUUGGCUGUCUGAAGAUUGGCCUUCCUGAUAGCUGGUCUGCCACUCACGUUCUGCAGAUUGCUCUCGAUGCCAAGUUGCAAGCAGGGGGGGAGUCAGCAUCCACAGCAGUUGAUACUGUGUCCUCGGCGCUCACAGCGACGCAAGCAAAUGAACGGGAGUGGGAGGAGCGUUUGGCGUCCGUACAGAACCAGCAAGAGUCUGAAGAAGCGACCGCUGUGGAGAGCCAGCGCUUGGUCCUGAGCAUCCGUCAGAGCAUGGCCGAGGAAGUGGGCCGUUCCGGCCUUCUCGAGGCUCUCCUUGAGGACCUUGCUGGUCCGCGGAGCUCUGGCGACAAAGUUCUGAAGGCUCUGCUGGCUGCCUUGGACUACCUCACCCGCUAUGCUGCUCACACUGUGACGCCGUUCGCCCUGCGAUCUCUGUCGCGGAUCAUCUCCCUCGUGAAGGACUGCAGCGCCCCCUCGGCGGCCAGAAAAGGAGCAGCCAAUCUGCUGGACUGGGCGUGGUUCUCGGCACCCAGCGCUGUGCAACAGGCCGCACAGGAUGAUGCGGAUCAAGCCCUGGCUGCCCUCGUAAACUUUGCGUUUCGCCUAGAACUUCAAACGGGGGCUCCUUCCGCAAGUGACGCUGCGGGCAACCCAGCGAAAGCUGCCGCCGAGCGCACCCUGUCCCACAUC